CGUUAUUAGAUUUACUAAAUUACAUUCCAGGUUUUAGACCCAGCUGAAGUUAGACUCCUUUAUGCGUCUUAAAAUGACCUAUUAAAGCUUCAUGAGCUGUUGUGAGGCAGUGUCACCCAUUCCAGGUCUUACUAGGAACGUGAUUAGCUGCAGUGUGUACAGGUAACAAGCUCAGGUGUGUCUUAUUAAACUCCUAGUAAAACCAGGAAUGGAUGAAGCUGCUGUGCAGCGGGAGUCUCAUUUCACCCCUGCCCUGCUCCCAGGUGCUGACCGCUUCCUCCUCGGUGCCUCUGAAGAUGGAGGCUGCUCUGUGCCGCGCGGGGGAUGUGCAGAGGGCUGUGGGGGUGCUGCUGGACAGGGAGAGGGGCGUCUCCAACACUGUGUCUCAGCACCUGCAGGGGGCACAGCCCUGGAUGGACCAGCUGAGCCUGAGACUGUCCCAGAUGGAGGAGACGGAGCACUACCUCAGCUAUCUCAAGUGGAUCGCUCGCAUCGAGGAGCUCAGUGACACUAUCCAGCAGCACAUGAUGACCAGUAAUGUGUGGGAGGCGGCCAGUGGUCUGGUUGCCAUGGCUGAGCUGGACAUCCGGCUGCAGGACUCGAGCUGUGGACACCUGCUGUCCUUCAUCAGAGACACAGUCAGGUUCUGGCACAAGAUCCUGAAGGACAAGCUGACCAGUGAUUUUGAAGAGGUCCUAAAGCAGCUGCACUGGCCCUUCAUCUCUCCGCCGCAGACCUCUCUGGCGGCCCCGGCCAACGGGGCAGAGCUGCACAACCAGCUGGAGUCUCUCUUCACACAGCUGCUCAAGCUGCAGACCUCUGAUGACCUCAUCACAGAGCAGAGGCAGCUCCCGGAGAGGUGCGGCCUGCCCCCCUCCCCCCCCCCUCGCCCUGCCCAUCCAGAUCAUGCUGCUGCCGCUGCACAAGAGAUUCAGAUACCAUUUCACAGGGAGCCGGCAGACCAACGUGCUGAGCAAGCCGGAGUGGUACCUGACGCAGGUGUUGAUGUGGAUCGGGAAUCACUCUGAUUUCCUGGAGGAGAAGGUGCAACCCAUCCUGCUGAGAGCCGGCUCUGCCAUCGACGCCAGGGUGGGUCCAGAAGACAUAG